CUGGUAUGUUGUGUACGUGGAUAUUACCUCGUUAGCUGUUGGUAAAUCGUGCUUGCUUCUCCAAUUUACGGACCAACGGUUCCAGCCUGUAUAUGACUUAACGAUUGGGGUAGAGUUUGGCGCCCGAAUGGUGAAUAUUGGUGACAAGCAAAUAAAGCUUCAAGUCUGGGACACGGCUGGACAAGAAAGUUUUCGUUCCAUAACCAGAUCGUAUUAUCGGGGUGCGGCAGGUGCUCUUCUUGUUUACGAUGUUACCAGGCGUGAUACGUUCAACCAUUUGGCAUCCUGGUUGCAAGAUGCUCGGCAGCAUGCAAGCCCAAAUAUGGUUAUUACAUUGGUUGGAAAUAAGUGUGAUUUGGAUGCGAGGCGAGAGGUUAAACAGGAAGAAGCUGAAACAUUCGCUCGUGAGAAUAAUUUAUUAUUCCUAGAAACAUCAGCUAAAACCGGAGUAAAUGUAGAACAAGCCUUUGCCACUACCGCACGCGCUAUCUAUGAACGUUUACAACUAGGUCUUUUAGAUAUCAAUAAUGAUGCAAAUGGCAUAAAGUUAGGUCCUCAACAAUUAAGUACUCGACAAAGUGGUUCCUACGGUCCGGUUGGCUCAGAUUCGGGAGGUAAUCUAAGAAGACGUUGUUGUUAGCUCAUACCAAAGAGAGAUUAGUUUAUGGAAAGAUAAUAAAAGUUAUAACUGCGAUUAAUUAUUUUUAUGUUUUAUGUUAACCUUUCUAUGAUUCUCAUUCACUAUUUUACUUCAUUUAUUUUGCUCUUUUUAUGUACUUUUUAAUUUCAU